CUGCCUCAGCAUCUCAUCUCGGUGCCACCAGCAGCAUUAACAGUGAGGCAGUAGGCAGACUCUUUUUUUCCCUCCACACACAGCACAGAGAGGAGCCGGCACUGAUGCGCAAAUGCACAGAAACGCACACACUCACAUGCACUGGAAGCAAACAGGAACCGGACAGAGACUCCAGCUGCAGCAUGUCCACUGGCUGCAGUCAGACAUGUAGGAGGAGGAGGUGCUCUGCUCGCCGUUCCAUGUCCGUUUCAGUCCUCUAAGCACCUCCCAUCCCCCCGCGUUCGCUCCCUGGCUCUGCGGUUGCUGAGGGGCUGGCUGGAAUGACCCGGGAGAGCGGGAGACACAAGGAGAUGCGCUAGAUGGGGCUGCCGGCUGGGAGGACUCUCUGAUCCUUGCUCCCUCCUCCUCUCCAUGCCGACAGAGACAGCAGAGCUCUGAUCUGUCCCACAGAUGUAUGCCCAUAUAGGAGGGCAUGGCUGUGUAACGCGAGGGUCUUCAACAAGCACAGCUUGAGAGGAGGACCACCACAGAGACACCAGGUACAGUACACACACAAAACAGCCCCAGCACUCGUGUGUGCGUGUGUGUGUUUGUGGCAGAUCCCUGCUUAAAAAAAGAAACUCCUACCCAUCAGUCAGCUUUCAGAGAUCGUGAAUGAUUGCCAAACAGAAAGCAGCCUUUGCAGUGCAAACCUGUCCCAUGCUGCCCCGUCCUCUCAGGGGAUGGCCAAGGUCCAGGAUGGACACACGAACGCACGCAGCACUGCAAUGUUAGAGGAGAGCCAGGAUGGUAUGGACAGUGGUACCCUAAGUCCUGCCUCCGCUCGACAGGUCACCAUCCAGCGCCACCCGACUCAAGGCUUCGGCUUCAUUGCAGGCAGCCAGAGACCUGUCAUUGUACGCUCCGUCUCUGCUGACGGCCCCUCCUUUGGCAAGCUUCUUCCCGGAGACCAGAUCUUGGCUAUUAACGAGGAGACGGUGAGCGACGCGCCCCGAGAGAGAGUCAUAGACCUUGUAAGACGCUGCAAAGACACGAUAGUUCUCACUGUGCUGCAGCCCCAUCAGUCACCUAAAUCUGCCUUCAUAAGUGCAGCCAAAAAGGCCCGCCUGCGAACAAACCCGCCCAAAGUGCGCUUCUCAGAGCAAGUGUCCAUCAGCGACCCGGACUCAACAAUGCUCAAGGACGACUCUUUGCUACUCAUACCAAAUGUGUUGAAGGUGUUCUUGGAGAAUGGACAGAUCAAGUCGUUUACGUUCGAUAGCCGUACCACUGUUCGGGAUGUGAUCUCCUCCCUGCAGGACCGUCUUUCACUGCGCUACAUCGAGCACUUUGCGUUGGUGUUGGAGGCAGGUGGUCUGGACCAGAAUCAGAAGUUGCAUCUGUUGCAGGAGAACCAGCCACUGACACAUGUGGUGCAUAGAACCUAUUUCCAAGGGAUGAAGUGUCUGUUCCGCAUUUGCUUCUUUCCCAAGGACCCUGCAGAUCUGCUAAGAAGGGACCCCGCUGCAUUUGAGUACCUUUAUAUACAGAGUCGCAACGAUGUCAUCAAGGAGCGUUUUGGCAUGGACUGGAAAUCGGACGUCACAUUACGAUUGGCCGCACUUCAUAUUUACAUCACUGUGUCCUCUGCAAGGCCCAAUCAGAAGAUCUCCCUCAAGCAUGUCGAAAAAGAGUGGGGUCUAGAGCCUUUCCUUCCACUUACUCUACUUCCAACAGUAAAGGAGAAAAACGUGUGCAAAUCCUUGUCUCAGUUGCUGAAGACGUACCAGCAUCCACCACCAUCGGGGAACAAGGUCCCUCCACUGCAAGGAAAGCUGCAGUACAUGCGUGUGCUCAAUGACCUUCCACCUUUUGGUGGAAUACUGUUCCAUACUGUUGGACUGGAGGAGAAGCAAUCAGCUACAACCCUGCUGGUGGGUCCUCGACAUGGCAUCAGUCACGUUAUUGACCUGAAAAAUAACCUCACAACGGUUUUGGCCGAGUUCAGUCGGGUGUCCAAGAUCCAGCUCUACCGUGAGAGCCAGGGAGUGGCUCGUGUGGAGGUGACAAUCCAUGAGGCCAAGCCACUGGUCCUCCUUAUGGAAUGGCCUGAUGCCAGUAACUUUGCGUGCCUCAUCUCUGGUUACUUCAAGCUUUUUGUAGAUCCUAAACGUACAAUCUACUUUAGGACCCCGGGUCAGUCACAGCUGACCAAGGCAGAUUACAGAAGUUCCUACCAUGCACACCCACGCUCUGGGGCAGCCAGCUUGCCAAGUGGAGGGCGACGAGGAGACGAGAGGGAAAGCUCGCACAGGGAGUCAGGGUCUUCAAGGGCCGUGGUUCCUGCAGAACCUCAGCAUCUAGGCCUGUGUCAUGUCCACCUUCGAGAACAACAACAAUUUCAGGAUCUCCAAACACAUGCCGAAGCAGAACUCGACAUCAAUGAGAACUUUAUUUCACAGGAGCCGCCCGGACGGCCCCGCACAAAGUCAGAUCCCACCCAGCAAAGUACAGAGGAAAUAGCCGGAGUUUUAGAAAGCCCAGCAGUGGAGAAUGCAGGAUUUAGAAUCCGAGCACAAACAAUGGGUCAGUCCCAGAAAACUUCACGAUACUUCUGUGACUCCUGCAAAGCCAGGCUUAGGGCAGAGGGUCUCUCACCUGCAAUGAACAGCAGUGGGAGCUCUGGGAAACACUGCUCCAGUACUUGUGCCUCUCGAGAUGGAGGAGCUGUUGACCUGACAGCUCUACCACCACCACCUGGGAAUGAAGAAGAGGACGAAGAAGAGGCAGAUGGCGGUGGAGAGAAGCUGCAACCACCACCACCUGCCAUUGCUGCCCCACCACCUGGCUUCAGGGACAACAGUUCUGAUGAGGAUGACCCAAAGAGAGGGAGGAAGGCUCGUACCAGUGCCAGCACCACGGUCGCCUCUGGAAAGCUGUCCCAAGCAAAGGAAGAUGUGCCUGUGACACUUAUUGAUAACGUGGCCACAAGAACGGUCCGAGAUCAUGCCCAGGAGCUUGAUGACGCUCUGGUGUCCACCUUACAGGCACUUGAAGCUUUGGCUGCCUCUGAGGAUUACCCCCAUCACCCUCAACAGCCAACACAGACUGCAGGCCUGAUUGUCUUAGCUGCUAUUACACCUGAGUCAUCACUGGACUCAGGCCAUGAGACCAACUCUUCUGAAUUGACAGACGUUUCUGAGAUGGUGUCGGCUAUGAAACAGAACCAGAACCAGGCCUACCUGCUGGCUCACCAUAUCAACAAGGAUCGAAUCCUCUGCCGCCGUGACUUUCCCCUGGCAAUCCCCGGCUGCACUGCAAAGACCAUAGGGACUGGGGCCUUCUCCGUGGGUCAGAUUCGUGCUGGCUGUCCACCCAAGCAAGUAAUCCUGAGCAAGACUGUUCCCUUUAAAGUCAGCCCAAGCCAGGACUCUGCGGUUCUCAGUGUUGUGACGGAACAGGCGGGCAAUCAUGAAACUACUCAGAUUGAACCGAAAGGGGAAUUAAAAGCAACCACCAAAGCAAACACCCCAGAGCCCCCUUCUAAACCACCUGUGGAACUUAAGGCUUCCGAAGCUUCACACACAGAGCAAGUCAGCAAAGAUCAAAAGUUAGUAAAUUCUUCUGGGGAGACAGUGAGAGAAAAUCUCUCUGAUGGUAUAAAGGGGAAGACAGCAGCACCUCUCAUUACAGACCCUACAAACAAAGCCUUACCUAGUCUCUUGUCUGUGGAUAGAACUGCCACUGCCAAGAUUUCCCCUUCUAAUAUGUGCCAAGAUGCCGAGACUGCCUCUAGUGAGACCAUGAAGCCUUCAGCCUCUACAGAACUUCUGCCAGUUGAUGACCUUUUCUGUACUUGUCCAGUACAACAGGAGUCUACAUCUCAACUAAGACUAAAAGACCCACAGGUUCAGAAAAUAGUCGUGUUUCAAUCCUCGUCUCCCACAGAUGAUGAGCGCCUUCGAGCCAAAGGUCUCCAGCUGGCUAACAACAAAGAAAAUGCAGCGAAAGUAGGACCAGAACCUAAUUUGGCAAAACCCAGCCCACAAAUACAAACCAAGUAUUCCCCUCGUUUGCCUCCAAAAGCAGAGAGAAAAGAAACAGCUGAAAGCAAGACGGAGGGUGCCCAGGGCAAAUUACAACCUGAGCUGCAGAAAUGCCCAGUGAAAUCCUUACCUAUUUUAGAUGAUCCAACAACCCCUAGUCACUCUGUAGAUAAAGUCUCCACUCUCCCUGCCAGAGAUUCAAAGAAACAGAGCAGCGGUAAGGGGAAGUCCCAGCGCAGUGCUCCCUUCUUGAGCUUUAGAAAUCUUCUUUCAGCCACAUUUCCAGCGAGAAUGCGAAGAGAAACAGAUGAGCGACGGGCUCAGCUGCAGAAAGUUCGCCAGUAUGAGCUAGAGUUUUUAGAGGAGCUGCUGAAACCAAAGUCAUCGCAGGGAGAAUUUAUGCCCCAAGGUUCCUCACCCGUACCCUCAGGAACUCCUUGUUCCUGUCAGCUCCGUUCCAGUCCAGUCCUUAAGGCACCAGGGAUCUCCAGGGAGCAGCGACGCAGUUGUGACUGCAAGCGAAUGUGUAGGGGCAUGCGACUACCAGACACACCGGUUGGCUCUACAACAGAGACUCAAAACAGAGGCAGAGAGAGAACUGUCUCGAAGACCCCUCCAGCAGUCUCCAAAGCCCCUCACACCCAAGGUGCUACGAGGAGACCUCAGACUUUGGAGAUCAAAACCACACGAAUACGAUCUACAAGUCUUGAGUCGAGAGAGCCAAGAGGAGAACAUGGCUCCUGCUUGCCCACCUGUACUUCUCAAACAGAUUGCAUGGGAGCGCCACAGUAUAAGAAGCUUCAGAGGCGAUACAGCAUUGGAGAACUGGACAACAGCACUAGCACACCUGUGUAUGCUGAGGUGAAACCCAAAGCAAAAAGUCUCGAGAAGGAGAUGGAGAGGGUGAGAGCCACAGGGCUGAGGCUCCCCACCCCAGUAGAGCCAGUCCACACUCAGUCCCACCAGGAGGGGAAAGGGAAAAAGGGUGUGUUUUUCAUUCAGGGAGAGGAACUACUGCGUGAAAACAAAGAAGGGACUGGAGAGGUGUUGCUGACCAUACCUAGCGAAGACAGUGAUGACAAAGACAAAUGCUGCUCAUUCUGUUUUUGCUACAGGAAGUGUGAGGCUGCAGAUGAAAGCAGCGAGAAAGAUGAACUUUCAUACUCAAUACCCCUUCAGGUCCUUCCAGGCAUGGAGCUGGACUCACGUACCUUUCCUGUCGUAAGCAAAACCCUCCAGGUUCUUAAUGCCGAGGACUGCAGCGGGGACGAAGAAGAGGUGGAAGAGGAGGAACCUCAGACACAGGAGAUUGACCUGAGAGCCUGCGGUACACUGGAGGGGAGCCUAGCUCGGGUGCAGGCUUUACAAGGGAAAACAUUUAGCUUGCCCGAUGGUUUUCUAAAUGCUCAAUUGGAUGCUAAUGAGUUGUUGGCUAUCCUGCGUCACUGUGCUAACACCCCACAAGCUGAGGGUGAGGCUCGCCUUCAACCUUCACGGAUUACAGAGUAUAAACAGGAGCUGGCAGUGCGCUUCAAAGAAUUCAGAGCAUCUUGUCGGAGAGUGGCGAGCGUUGAAAAAAGUCCAACACGCAUGCUCGCUGUUGUCACGGCUAGCUUUCAAGUGUUGUGUGAACUAACUCAGACUUUCAUCAAACUGGUCAGAGGGGUUCGUUCAGAAGCCCAAAGGCUGCAGCUGUUGAGGAAAGUCGAGGAAGUUGCCAUCAAUUACACUUUGCUGUUGCGUGCAGCAGAAGAGUCAAUGGGGCACUCAAGCAGCUUACCGACAAAAACAGUGAGCCCCCAAGUUUCCUCCAACGCCAAUAACAUGAGCUCCCUCACUCGACCCAUCAAAACUCUGCCUUUGCAGUAAGAUGAAAUUAGAACAGUCCCAAAUAUGGGUGGCAACUCUAUCCAAAUUCAUUGUUUAUUUAUUUAUUGUUUACAUUUUUUACAAGAUGUGCAAUGAAUCAUCUAAGUAAAAAUUGCAAUGCAACUGUUCCAUCACAUGUUUACAGGCCCUGAGGUAGCCUCGUGGAUCUUAUUAUGAAGUAGAAAGAUACACCAAACUAAUGCACAAUGGAAUAAGAACCCUACACAGACUGGGUGAUACAGGGCUAAUCACCUCAUAUCAAUAUUCACAAUAUACAUAAAUGAUUAUAGUAUAAUAUUUUAUAUGUAAUGUAUAUUUGAGUUGUGUCUACCUAGCAAAUAAUAUAAAGUUUUGUGAAGAAAAAAGGUGAAGAAUAUAUUUGAAAUGUAUUGAAACAAGAGAACUAUUAAAAUUAUAACACAUCAGAAAUAAAUGUAUGCUUUGGACAAAAAUAUUUCAGAAAUCUCGUCAAGUAUAGCGACUUCUGUAAAGUACGUAGUCCAAAGGGUUGGCUGGUUGGUUAGAUGGUGUUAGAUGGUGUUUGUGUUUAUUGAAUUUUCUGUUGUAAUGCAAACUGGUCUCUACUAGCUAUGUUGACAGUGUGAAAUACUGAUACAAGAGUCAAAAUGUAAGUGACAGUGUUGGAAAAUGAAAAGCACUCAAAGACAAGUAUAAAUAUUUAACUAUACUGAUAAACACAUGCCCUUUCUCUCACUAUAAAGGUGCAGGUAUGAAACACACCUGCUCAGGGCAGAAAAUGUAGCAUAGAUUCAAGUCACAAUCUUAUUCACGGUACAGUAAUGAGUGUUGUUACCUCAUUCUGCUGCAGAGAAGGCAUACCCACAAUGUACUUAGUAACACAGACUGUAUUUUACGCCACCACUAAUCCAUAGCUCACUUGCACCGCACCAAUUGUUAACAAUAGUUUAUACACACCCACCUGCAAGUGAGUAGGCUUAUCCUUAGGACUUUGCACAACCUCUGAAACUAGUUCUGAAGUUGAACUGUAUCUUUUAAUGUUUGAUUCGCUGUUUUCAAGAGAGUUAACGCCACUAUUUUUUUCACAAUUCAUCUCCUAAAAGUGAAUGCUGAUCAAUUUAAAAAGAUUCCCCUGUUUUUAUUUACGUUUUCAGAAACAAUAUAAACAAAUUUGCUUUCUAUGUGCUGUUACACAUUGUGCAAUCUAGCAAAUAUAUAAGAACACAUAAAGUAGUUUUCUAUGUAUUUUAAUAAAACUAACACAUCAUUUCCUGUCUGAAA